AUGACAGUAAGAAGUAUUAAGGGUCGUGACAAUCCCUUCCUGUCCGGCUACUGGAGCAUGCCCGCGUUGAAGAACGCGAGGAAAGAUAAUUUAUGGAUACUCUGGAUCACUAUGUUUGCGACGAUGGCUAUUCAUUUGUUGCUUAUGACGGUGAUCGUGAGGGAGGAGUUGACUGAAAUUUGGUUUUACGUGGAACUUUCGGAUAUCUGUACAACCAUCCUGCAUUUAUACGGCACUUAUAGCAAGUUUGUCCUUCUGUAUUUACUGUUGGAACGCUUCAAGCAUUUGAACAGAGAGAUCGUGCCGAAUGUGUCGUGGGAUGAGAAGUGUCACGGUUCGAACGCGAUAAAAAUCCUAGACGUAAAGAUCCUGCACUCGAUGCUGUAUGACGCUCAGCAGGCCUUUUGCGAUAUGUACAGUAUUCCUCUGUUGGCGUGGUUCGCUUCGCUCAUGAUACAUAUUGUUGCGAAUUUAAGUUUCUUUCGGGAGAGGCCAUUGAUCGUUGCCUGCGCUUUAGUGUGUCCGGCGAUCUUGCAGGUGCUGAUUCUGUGCAUGAUUUGUCACUUCACGGCCGAGGAGGCGAACAAUAUUGCUUGUAUCCUGAGUGAAGACAUGUGCACGCUUGUUAACUCGGGGGAAACUAUGGUGAAGAUUGACGCUUUCACGUAUUUCCUACACAAUCAAAUAUCUUUCGAGGCGGCGGGAUUCUUUAACAUCGAUCUGCCGCUGUUUCAAUCUGUGAGUAAGCUUUUAUUUUCGCGAAUUAAAUUAAUCACAGAGAUAUUGAUGAUGGCUCCGUUUUCAGAUUGUCGCAUCGAUAACUACUUAUUUCAUAAUAUUAAUAUAAUUUCUCAAGCGAAAUCUAAGAGAAAGAAGACGGACGAUUUGCAAAUUUGUCCAAGCUGA